AUGGUUAGAGUUUGGUUGAAACUUAAGAAAGUUAAAACUAGACUCAAGGAGUUGAACUCUAGAUCCUUUGGGAAUAUUGAGGGGAAAAUUGAUCAAGCUGCUGAUGAGCUUUGUCACAUUCAAAGCCAACUUGUUGUGAACUUUAAUGAUCCUGAGCUGCUAUUUCGAGAAGAUGAGGCUAUUCAGAAGCUUAAGUAUUGGAGAAAUGUUCAAGAGAGCAUAUGGAAGCAAAAAUCUAGAGUUGAAUGGGUUAAGCUUGGAGAUUCAAAUUCCAAAUACUUCUUUUCUGAGAUCCUUGAUUUUUAUAAGUCUCUGUUAGGCUCUUGUUCUGGUUCUUUGCCUUGUGUUAAUUUGGCUACUUUGAGGUCUGGUAAGCAGCUUUCUCCCUUUUCUCAGCAUUUCCUGAUUACUCAUGUUUCUUGUGAUGAGAUUGAUCAGGCUCUUAAAGGUAUAUCUGAUGAUAAAGCUCCUGAGUUUAUUAAGUCUGAUAUUUAUGCUGCUGUGUUUGAUUUCUUUGCCACUGGUGUGAUGCCCCCUCAGUGGAAUUGCACAACUGUUACCCUGGUGCCCAAAGUUCUUAAUGCUUCUUAUGAGAAAGAUUUUAGACCCAUUGCUUGUUGCUCUGUUGUUUAUAAAAUUGUGUCUAGAAUCAUAACUGCAAGACUUGGGUGGGUCAUUUGUGAGGUUGUGGAAGAUGCCCAGGCUGGUUUCAUUCCUGGGAAGCAUAUUGUCUAUGAUUCUGUUGAGUGGGAUUUCCUUGAGGUUGUACUUUGUGAGCUUGGUUUUCCUAGCUUGUUUAUUAAGUGGGUUCUUGGUUGCAUCACCGCGGUUACUUUUUCUAUUCUUAUCAAUGGUGCUCCUUCGAAGCCAUUUAAAUCUAAGAAGGGCUUGAGGAAAGGUGAUCCUUUGUCUCCCUUCUUAUUUGCUAUCAGCAUGGAAUAUUUGUCCAAGUGCCUUCAUGAUUUGAGCUCUAAUCCUAACUUCAAUUUUCACCCAAGAUGUGAAAAGUUAAAGCUUACGCACCUUAUGUUUGCUGAUGACCUUCUAUUGUUUGCUAGAGCUGAUUUGACUUCCCUUGAUCUUUUAAUGCAAGCUUUUUUGAAAUUUUCUGGUGCUUUUGAUCUUUCUGCUAAUUUGGAUAAUAGUGAGGCUUAUUUUGGUGGGAUUUCUGAGGAUGAAAAGGCCCUUUUUCUCCAUGUUCUUGGUAUGAGUGCUGGGUGUCUUCCUUUUAGCUUGUGUGCCAGGUGCUGCUGGCUUUUGUGUUUUGUUUUUGGCUCUUUGCAGGCUAUUCUGCUGCUGGUUUAUGUUGUUGUGUCUCUAUUGGCUUCUGUGUUGCUUGUUGCCUGUUUGGUUUCUGUUCUCUGCUGCCUGCAGGUGUACCAGCUGUUGCUGGCUUCUGGUGCUGCUGCUAGUGUGUUCUGUGCUGCUUGUUGCUUGUUUGUUCUCUGCUUGCUGCCUGAAGUGUGCUGCCAAUUGUUGCUGGCCUUUUGGCUUUUAUUUGCUGUUUUGGGCUUUAGCUUCUUCUUUUUCUAUUAUGUUGGUUCAUUUUUAGUAAGCUUUUGGGCUAGUUGUUGUCCUGUUCCUUUGGUUUUGGGUAAUCCUCCUAGAGGGUAG